UCAUAUUUGGGUCCAAGCCAUCACAAUUGAGGAAAAGAAGAAGUCAGCUGCUUGGCGUGACAACAAAUUAAAUGGCAGCAGACGGCGAGCGAAGAAACUCAAGUUACGUCGCAAAAACUCGAUUCAAAUGACACUGUUUACCCUUUGACAGAUCGCAAUUCUUGCUUCGACCAUGGAACCCGUCCCGUUCACAGAGGAGUUGUCGGAUAGGAAAGUGUGUGUUGUUGGCUCUGAAUUGGUGGAAAACUAUACGGUCUAUAUCAUCGAAGUGUUGGAUGGAGACCACAAGUGGACGGUGAAGCAUCGCUACAGUGACUUUCACGACCUCCAUGAGAAGUUGGCGGCUGAGAACAAAGUGGACCGGCAUUUGCUCCCGCCCAAGAAGAUGCUGGGCAAGAACUCCAAGAGCCUGGUAGAGCGUCGGCAGAAGGAGCUGGAGGUCUACCUGCAGGCGCUGCGCCGACAGUUCCCGGGAGCUACGCCCACUCCCCUCUCUGCCUUCCUUCACUUCAACCUUUAUGAGAUCAACGGCAUCACGGCUGCAUUAGCCGAGGAGUUGUUUCAUAAAGGUGAAGAGCUACUGGCUGCCGGCGAGGUGUUCUCUAUGCGCCCCCUGCAGCUGCACGCCAUCUCCCAGCAGCUGCGUCUGGCCAAGCCCACGUGCUACAACGGCGACGCCAAGACUGACCUGGGUCACAUUUUGGACUUCACCUGCAGGCUGCGCUACCUCAAGGUCUGUGGCACCAGAGGUCCAGUCGGAAGCAGUAACAUCCUGGAGAGGAAUUUGCCUUUUGAUUUGUCUUUUUUCAAGUCCCUGCUUCAGAUUGAGAUCAGCGAGUGCACAGCACAGCAAAUUGGAGGUUUGUCGUCUCUGCGGGCCAGCCUGGUCACUCUGAAUAUCCACCACUCCACCGACAACAUGAUGCUUGUCCUCGUACCGGAAGCCAGCGAAUUCCCUCAGUGGGAAGCCGAGGGCUCGGACCACGGCUGUCCCGUGACUGCCGUGGUACCACGCUGGCGAAACCUGACCACGCUGGACAUGAGCCACAAUACCAUCGGCGCCAUCGACGGUUCAGUGAAACUGAUCCGUGAGGUGGAGUUUCUCGAUCUGAGCCACAACCAGCUUUCCUCGGUGGAAAACCUUCAGCACCUAUACAAUCUGGUCCACGUGGAUUUGUCAUACAACAAGUUGUCCGUCCUGGAGGCGGCUCACACGCGGCUAGGAAACAUCAAGACGCUCAGCCUAGCCGGCAAUCAGCUGGAGCGGCUCGCGGGCCUCAGCAAGCUCUACUCCCUGGUCCACCUGGAUCUCAGCCACAACCAGCUUGCCCAAUUGGAAGAAAUCAGGAACAUUGGCUCGCUGCCGUGCUUGGAGAAGCUCAACCUCUCCUCCAACCCAAUUUGCAUCAUCCCCGACUACAGAACCAAAGUACUGGCACAAUUUGGAGACCGAGCAGCAGAAGUGUGUCUGGAUGGUCAAGUGACCACAGAGAAGGAGUUGGACACGGUGGAAGUGUUGAAAGCCAUUCAGAAAGCCAAAGAAGUCAAAGACCGCAUGAGCAGCAGCGACAAGAAGAUCAGUGAGGAGACCGAGGUGUCUGCCGUUGCACCUCCUUGCCUCUCUCUUCCUCCCUCCUCUACCUCUUCUUCCUCUUGCUACGCCUCCGUCAUCACCCCUCAUUCUUUCGCCUCUUCCGUGGCCUCCUCUGCUUGUCAGGCCCGGCAGGCUUCCUGCACCAGCCAAGAAAUGACCAGCCGAGAAGAAGCUGCUGUUCCACCCAUCAUCUUCCCUCCCGCACCUUCUUGCAGUGGCCGCCUUUCUCCUGCUGACAACACCCUGGUUCAAGACCCCGCUGUCUGUCUGUCUGAACGUCUACACAACAACUCUGCGAACACAACUCCUUGUUGCCCGUGCUCCUGCUCCUCAUCCUCCUCUAGCCUGCCUGAAGUUACCUGCUCAGGCUGCAGCGCCACCUGGUGUCCUCUGAUCUCCUCUCACCUCCUCUCCCUUACCUUCGCCGACCAGCUCUUCACCGGCCUGCUCUCCAAGCGCCUCCACGCCGCCCUGAAGGAGCAAGAUGAGAAGAAGGAAGCUGAGAAAGAGGAGAAGGAAGUGUGCCCAUCCAGAGAGGUUUCAUCCAAUGUGGAGGCCACGCAAGUGGACUGUCCGCUCUCUAGGGACGGUUACUUUGAGAUGGGAUUGGAUGAUUCUUCUGUUCAGGACUCGUCUCUCCCUCCUCUUCCCACUGGGCUCAGUGUUCCUCCCUCGGACCCGUGCGAUGACAAGCAGCAGGAAGAGAAUAUCGACAAUGUGAUUUGGUGCUACUGUCUUAAGGUGGAAAAGGAGGAGAAGGAGGUGGAGCAGAGCGUUGUGUGCGUGGUGUUGACGCACAAUCUUUUAUGCUUGCUGCGCUUAUCACGUGACGGCAUGGGGACCAAUCCGGAUGCAGUCGAAGACCAGAGUCCAUCCACAGAGGCUGUCGUGUCCAGUCUUGAGGUGGCCCUUCUGCUGCCUUUCUCUCACCUGCUGCUCUUCUUGCACACUGAGCUUCCAGCCUCUUGUCUAGCCUUCGGGCUGCAGAAUGGCACCGCUUGCUAUUACCUCUUCUCCAAGGCCCAGGAGCUCCAGAGAACCACAGUCCAGCUGAAAAGACUGACGCGGGUUACAGAGGUAGCGGAGUCUCCUCACAUCCUCCCCCACUCCCUCCUGAACACCUGGGAAAAGGAGGAGAGUCAGGAAGUUCAGAGAGGCUACUUAAGCCUCCUCCUGCCCUCCUCUUCCUCUUCCACCUCACACCAACUCCUCUCGGAUGUUUUACCCAACGCGAAGGCGCUCCCAUCGCUCCUAUUUCUCACCCACCGGCACCUCUGGGUGCUGAAGAUGGAUGUCCUAAAGAUUGCAGAGAGAGAGAGAAGCACCACCGGCUUUCAUCGGGACUGGUGCAAGCUGGUCCGUGUACCCCUCAGUUCGGUGGUGCUUCACCCUAACCAUAGAGCUGCUCAGGCUGGGAAGUCAUGCCGGCACCCGAAACACCACCGCAGAUCGAGCCACACGGCCGAGCUACUGCUGGCUGGCGGCAGCCUGCUGCUGCUUUUCCCGCUGGCCCAGGACAACGGCUCCUUCUUGGCGGAGCUGAGCCAGCGGAGAGUAGCUCUGGAGGGACUGAAGAUGGUGGCGCUGCCUGUCCCUUGCAGAUGCUGGUCGCACCAAGAGGAAGCCGCACAGGGUCACAAUAGGAAUGCUGUUGACCGGUGCUGUUGUAGCAGAAGAGCACACAGCAACAGCAGCUCCUCUAGUCUCCGACUGGAAGAGAACCAGCUAUCCUCUCACCUUACCCCGGGUAUCUCCCCGGGGCUGAAGCUUCUGGCUGCGCUUGAUGGGGAACUGCUGCUGACGUACUUCCACCAACAUAUCUCACUGUCCGAGCAGGCCGAGGUGCGGCAAGUCUUGUGGCUAUCUGCCGUUCUCUACGCUGCACCCGAGGCAGAAUUGGCCUGCUGCCUUUUUCUCUCUACCGAGAGCAUCUACCUCCUUUUGGAAGACUCUGCUGCCACUCGUCACGCAGAAAUGGACAUGAGCACUUCUCCCGACCCAAACGUGUGCCUUUGCUGCUGCCUGACUAUCCGACUCGUCGACCUGCUCUCUGUCAAUGUGGGGUUGUUCGAUCAGUACUUCAGGCUUGUAGGCCGCUCGGCCGAGCACAUUGUUUGCUGCCUGAGUAGGGACAGUUAUGGCACAGGGCUGUUUCUGCAGGAGCUGAUGUCUGUGCUCAGUCUGCAGCAGAAGCCUACAGCUCCGGAGCCCUCGGAGCAAGACUUCUACUCGCAGUUUACCAACUCCAGCUCAAGCAAAAUGCACAACUACGAGCUUGUCCACAGCAGCAGGGUGAAGUUCAUCUACCCCAGCGAGGAGGAGAUGGGCGACCUCACCUUCAUUGUGGCUGAGAGGAAGACCCCCGCCAGUGCGACGCCCACUUCUUCCUCGUCGUUGUCAUCCUCGUCCUUGUCCUCGCGUUCCUUCAACGUGCUGCUGUACCUGCUGGUGUUUCAGGUUCAGCUGGAGAACGACCAGACCUCCACCAGAUCUCCCGUCCUCCAGCCCCGGACGCUGAUUCUGACCAGCACAGACAUCUUCCUGUUGGACGAAGACUACGUCAGCUAUCCGCUUCCGGACUUCGCCAAGGAGCCGCCGUCCAGGGAACGUUACCAGCUGCGGGAAGCCCGGCGGAUCCGCGACUUGGACCGGGUUCUGCUCGGCUACCAGACGUACCCUCAGGCCCUGACGCUGGUAUUCGAUGACCUGCCGGGCUCAGGCUUGCUGUGCCACCUCACCAUGGACCACUUUGGGGCGGAGGGCGAGGAGCGCCUCCCGCCUCCGCCUCCCCCUCCGUGCGGGGGUGCAGAGGGUGAGGUGCAAUGGUGCGUCUUUGUGCCGGGAGCCGACAGCCGUGAGAGACUCAUCUCCCUGCUGGCUCGCCAGUGGGAGGCGCUGUGCAGCCGAGAGCUUCCGGUGGAGCUCACCGGCUGAUUGGAGUACAGAGAAAAGACCGCUUCAUGAUUCCGUUGCUGUGGAUUGUCCAGAGACACACCUCUCGUUUGUCCCAACCUAAUGGAGUUGCACCGUGUGAUUUUGACCUUUUUCUUUUGUCAUGCACUUUCUUUUUGCUGCCUCUCACUUGCUGCUUUGUCUUUCAGUGAGAGGGAAGGAGAGAGUUCUAGAAGGGAAAUGUUGCACAUGUCAUCAGUGGACACUGCAAGAGGGAGAAAAAAGUGCACUGUCACUUUUACGAACUAUCUCCCUCCUUUCACACCAUUCGGUGAGUGAAGGAAUCCCAGACAUGCACAAUUUAGUGUGCCAAGAUACACUUUUCACAAUAUCUCAAACUUUUUCUGAGUAGUGUAGUGUCAGGCAGAUGGACUCUUUCGACAGGGGGCGCCCUCUUCUACUCUCUAAUAUCAACGACAUUACUUGAUUUUAAAAGCUCAUCUUCAUUUGUAUGGAAUGCUGUUGUUUGGACAAAAAAAAAUGUAGUUUUGCAUAUUCACCAACUUUUAACCCCCCGCCCCCCCCAAAAAAAUUAUGCUGUGGAAUGUUUACAUUUACAACCACUAUAUGCAUAAAAACAUAGAAACUCGCACCAAGCAUUUCAAUUCUUUGCACCUUCCGAGAUUUGCUGAACAAAGUAACAAAGCUUUUUAUUGGUGUAGUUGAUACAGCUACAGGUCAGAUUAUUAGGUACUCUGACACAUUCGUGAGUUAUGUACAAAAAAUAUGAAAAUCUGCCUUUACAAAAAUAAGGCUUGUUUUUAAUCAUUACCAUAAGGUAGCUUAUUUAUUUAUUUAUAUUGUAUCGUCUGACCUCAUGAAAUGUCCAGUGCGUGUAAUUGUUAAUGAUCUGGAUUAUUAUAUCUUUUUUUUAAAGCAGUAUUUACAUUAUGAAUAUGUAUUGUGUAUUGUGUAUUAUUAUUAUUUGGCAUUAUUUUAAAUAUAUAUUUGUUCUGCUUUAUUAUGUAUGUUUUUUUUUAAAUAUUUUUAUAUUUUACAUUUAAUCGGUUGGUCAAAGUAAAAAUCAUCCAAACUUCA